UGUUUUCUGCUGCUUUUGAUUUCUGAGCUUUUUUUUUUGCUUUCUCAGCAGCUCCAAAACAAUGCGAUACGGACGCUCUUCGAAUCACAGGCACCACGACGAUGCUCAGCAUGGAAGCCCGAGCUCGCAGCACUUUGGAGUAGUCCCAGCGUCGCCAAGAAUCAUGCCGUACUCGCCGCCGCUGGUGCAGCAGCUGCACACCAACGCGAGCCAAGCCUUGUCGCCGCAGCAGCAUCAGCAUCAGCAGCAGCAUCGGCAACAGCAUCAGCAGCAACAGCGCAUGGAACGCCGCCGAGAUCAGCUGCAGCCGUCCGUCUUGGACGCGGUCGCCCUGCUGCUCCCUCCGCCGCACUCUCCGCAACAACAUCAACAUCAGCAGCAUCAACAGCACCAACAUCAUCAUCAGCAGCUAGAGCUCCAGCAGCUGCAGCACCAGCGGGAGCGUCGCAGCCGCAGAGGAUCGCCGUCGCAGCAGCUCGUCGUUCCCGCCACGCCGAGCCCAACCCGCGAGCCGUGCCGACGUCCGCCCGCACCCUCGCCACUCGUUGCAGUCGGCUCGUACGGCCUAGAACGCAACACGCGGCGGACGCCAAUGUCGCGUGGAGAUGCACUGGACGGACGCCGACAUUCUGCCGCGGCGUUCAUCUUGAGCUCGUUUCCCGCGUACGCCGCAGCCAGAGCGCGCACCCACGGUGGCGUGCUCGGCAGCAGUGCAAGCGGCAGAGAUGCUGCGCGGCUUGGUCUGUUUGAAGCACGGGCGGGCAGCGCCGCCGCCAGUCUCACUGCUGCGCUGGAUCCGGCUCAAGCAGGCGAAAUGGCGGGAAUGGCGGGAAUGGCGGGAAUCGCGCGAGUUGCUUCAGCACCCGCGGUCUCCCAGCCCCCGACGGCGGUGUCAUCCGUAGCAGCGCAGAACGACAUCCAACGCAUGGGAGCAGCCGCAGGCUUGGGACUGUGCUGCAGCCAGAGCGAGCCGCAGCUUGUGCCGAGCACGCCCGUUCUGAGUCGAUCAGACUGCCAGCAAGUGCCCGUCGGACCCACUGUGACCAGCCCAUUCGAUCUAUUUGCAGCAAGCCAAUAGUCGAUCAUGCCAGUCCUUUCUACUCCGAUGUAGAACCGACCACAUUUGUGUGUGCAGUCCAUCCAAUCGUCGUUUUUCAUGUGCUCUCCAUGCUUCAUCUCCCUAACCCUAACCCCCCCCCGUCCCUG